CGCAGUUUCGUACACAACUGAAAUAUUGCAGAAAAUGGUGCUUUGUGACGAAGUAACUGACUAAUGUAAUUAAUGGGCAAUUUGUUGUAUAUAAUACAUAUAUUGAUGGUACUAUUAGUUCAAAGAGCAUCGUUAUUGCAGUAGACGAUCGAUUUAAAGUGCCCGCAAUUAACGAUUGCCAAACAAGCGACUGUUGUCUGACCGAAUGGGAAACAGAUGGAGGACAAAUGAAAACUCUCUGAUCAAAAUAAAACAGGGAUGGCGCAGAUCACAGGUGGACAUUCAGUUGUACACGAAUUUAACGCAAGAACAGUUCAAGAGGUGUGGUGGGCAUGUUGUGAGAAGGGCGAGCUCCUGGAGGGGCUGAAGAAGCACUUCCGUGUGUACGUGCCGCUUGUGUACUCCACCAGCCAUGACUCCAGCAAGGAGGAGCAGAUGGGCAGCAAGUACCUGUUCCGGCCUAUGGAGGAGUUCCUCUGUGGAACAGCCGACUCGGAAAGUGUCCUACAACAACUCAAGGCCAAAAACCAACCUUCUCAGAUAUGUGGCCAUGUCUUCAAAUCAGGAGAACCAACCUACUCUUGCAGGGACUGUGCCAAUGAUCCGACAUGUGUACUGUGUAUUGACUGUUUCCAGAACAGCGUUCAUAGGCAGCAUAGAUACAGAAUGCACACGUCGGGGGGCAACGGGUACUGUGACUGUGGGGACGUGGAGGCGUGGAAGAUGGAGCCCUACUGUAGUAUACACAGGUCCUCUCUAGACCAGAGCCAUCAGCAGAACCCUAUUGACCUGCUCCCGUCCGAGCUGACUGACCGCGGUAGUGCCCUGUUUCUGGCCACACUGACCUACUGUGUGGACAUGCUCACCUGGGAAGAGACGGUCAGCCUGCCCGAGGGGUUGGAGGCAGAGGACUCCGUGGACAGUAACCUGUAUCACUGCAUGCUGUUCAAUGACGAGGUUCAUACGUACGAUCAGGUUAUCACAACCCUCCAGAGAGCCAUUGACUGUACCCCGAGACAAGCUAUAGACUUUGCCACCAUUGUAGACCGAGAGGGAAGAAGCAAUGUCCGGACUGGAACUAAGGCAGAAUGUGAUAGAGCCAAGGAAAUCAUUCAGCGGAACACCUCACGUCACGGGAGCAAGCCCCUCAAGGUGCUGGUGAUGCACAACUCAGUUGUAGCCCACCAGAACUUUGCCAUGAAGAUGAUUCAGUGGCUGCAGAACAUCAUCUCCAAGUCAGACGGUUUGCGGCGGUUGUUCUGCAUGCUGUCGAUGCAGGUGCCGAAACGGUCCAGUGCCAGCUCGAUGGAGGUAGAAGACGAGGAUGCUCCCCUGUCACUCAUGGAGCGGGUUCUCCUGGCAGACACACAGCUGUGGAAAGUUGCUCGAGUACAGAGCCAUCAGUUGCUUAUGGCUGGAGCUCUCAUGGACCAAGAGUGCAAGAAACUGUUUGCAGGCAUUUUUACUAAGCGGUAUGAUCAACUCCUUCAGGACUUUUGCAAAGACGACCAUGAUCACGACGUGUCUGUUACGUCGUUAACAGUACAAAUGUUUACAGUGCCCAGUCUGGCUCGGUCCCUCAUCGUGGAGUAUGAUCUGCUCAGUGUCAUACUGAAGUCAUUUCUCAGGCCUUGUGAAAACAAGAAAAACAAGGAUGGUAAACUCUGUUUUGACCGGAAUGAUCGCAACCCAGUUUAUAAGCGGGCAUGGUACAUGCUCUAUGAUCUCAAAUAUGCACUCCUUGCGAAACCAACCUGUUCGGAAGAAUGGUCUGAUGGACUACGCACAAACUUUCUUAAUGGAGUGGUGGCCUUAUUAGACUUGUUAAAGAUUAUGCAAGGGAUGGACGCAGUGACGAGGCAGACUGGGCAGCACCUGGAGUUCGAGCCGGAGUGGGAGGGGGCCUUUAACCUGCAGCUGAAGCUGGAGGAUGACCUCAAGCUGUUUGCCAGCUGGUGUGCCGAGGAUAAACACAUUCUGACAGUUGCCUACAAGGAAACACUAGAGGCUUUGUACCAGUGCAGGGACUCGGCUAAACGGGAGAAGUGUGAGGCUGCUGGCUACAAUACCAAGUCUGUCAAGUACGAUGUGUCGGGUCAGCCCACGUCAAUCCAUCUCCCCCUCACAAGGUUCCUGUCAGCUUUACAUUUACACCUUGGCAAGUUUGGACUUUCCUUCAACUCCCCAGAGCUGAGUACAAAGAAACGUCUGGAGCCCAUGGAGUUAAUGGAGGCUCCGUUGCGGACUCAGGUCAUGAUAGCCCAGACACAGGCCGGGAUGUGGAGGAGGAAUGGGUUUGCUCUACUGAACCAGAUUUUCUUUUAUCAUAAUGUGCGAUGUCGUGGCGAGAUGUACGACAGGGAUAUAGCAAUGUUGCAGAUUGGUGCAUCGCUGAUGAACCCAGAUGACUUCAUUGUGUCUCUCCUGCAUAAGUUCAACCUACUACACUGGGCCAGACCUGAAUAUGAUGUCCCGGGCGGACAGGAGGACUCGGUCCGGCAGACCGUCAUGCUAGCGGAGGAGUUCCUCAACCUUCUCAUCAUCGUCCUGGAGGAGCGCUAUGUGCCUGGCAUAGGGGAGAUCACUCAGCAGGAUGUAGUGAAAAGGGAGAUAAUCCAUCAGUUGUGUAUAGCGCCGAUGGCCCAUAGUGAACUUGUCAAGGCAUUACCAGAAGAUCACAACAAUGAGACAGGGGUUGAAGAUGUUGUCAGCGAGGUGGCCAACUUCAGGAAGCCAUCAUCGACUGACAAGGGGAAGUACGAGCUGAAGGAUGAGUUCUACAGCCAGUAUUGCCCAUACUUUUACCACUACACCAAAACAGACCAGUCCAAGUCUGAAGAAACCCAGAGAAAGAGGAAGAAGCAACAGGAUGAAGACCAAGCUCUCCCCCCUCCAGUGCCUCCGUCCUUAACCUCCCAGUUCCAGCCUCUGGUCGACAUCCUACAGUGUGACGUCAUGCUGCAUAUCAUGCGAGUUGUUCUCACGCGCACGGCUGCCCAAAGGUCAAGAUCAUGGUCAGAAGCCCAGUUUGAGAGGAUUCUAUAUAUUAUUGGAAUAGCCCUCCAUGAACAGCGCAGAGCGAUUGAUAUGAACAACACAAGUUUUGAUUUCCUCAAUAAGGCUGUAAAAGAGAAUGGCUUGUUGUCACUGCUGCAGACGCUGGUGGGCAACCAGAACGUCAGCCAGGACCCAGUCAAAGAUCUACUCACCUGGAUGCUGAAGCAAUUUGCGGAGAUCUGUGCCAUGAAGGACAGUUCUGUGGAUGUGGGGACGCUGGGGAAUAUCACAAGUGGCCGGGACCACAAGACAGAGGCGGAGAAGAAGAGGAAGGCCGAGCGGGCAGCUAAACGCAGGGCAAGGGUCAUGGCCCAGAUGUCCAAGAUGCAGAGGAACUUCAUUGCAGAGAAUUCUGACCUCUUUGAAAACACCAGCACAGACUUGAAGGCUGCCACCUCUGACAUGGAUCUGAGUGAUUCUCUUCCUGUCGGGUUCCCUGUCGCCUUGGGCAGCUGUCGCAGCAGCGCGGUCGUCACGGCGCCCAUCCACGCCACAUGCAUCCUGUGUCAGGAGGAGCAGGAAGUCACAUGUAGCGGGAAAGCUAUGGUCCUAGCAGCUUUUGUACAGCGAUCCACUGUGUUGUCACAGUGUCGGGGCAAAUGUGCAGAGAACAAGGAAGAGUUCGACCCCAUGUUCAUGCCCCCAGACCUCCUCGUCGGCACCUACACCAGCUCCUGUGGCCACGUGAUGCACCACGACUGCUGGCAGAGGUACUUUGACAAUGUGAUGAACAAGGAACGGCGGCGACCUCUACGCUUCCGCCACAGCUACAGCUACGACAUAGACAAGAUGGAAUAUUUAUGUCCCCUCUGUGAGGGCCUCAGCAACACUGUGAUACCCAUUGUCCCUCCUCUCGUCUCCAUGCUGGCAGAUACGGAGAAAGAGGUGGACCUGAAGUAUGAUGACUGGCUGGAUGGCAUCCAGAAGACUGUACAGAACAGCAUCCAGGAAACCAAGGACCAGGAGUCCGAAGAAGACUUCCCCCUGUUCCAGCCAUGCCCGAUCUCCACCAUCACACGCAUGAUGGCCGAGAGUGUCGCCAAGAACUUCCAGCUGCUCUGGGAGUAUGUGUAUGAUGAUGCCAGCGGCCACUUCUCUGAGGGGAUGCGUGAGAUGCUGAAGAAGUUUGCUCGUGAUGUGUACUCAUUUGGCCUGAAUGUGGACCCUGAUGACGAGAACCCGAGGGUGUCUGUGAUGGCCUGGAGCACAUGUGCCUUCACUAUACAGGCUAUAGAGCAAGUACUACAGUCUGAUGAAAAGAGUCUGUUUGGGUCACUGCCGACUCGGCAGGCUGACUUGCUCGGGUCGCUGGUGCGGUUCGGGGCAGUUGUGAGUCAGGUGAUGUCCCCAGACCAGGUGCGGCAACACUGCGUCAGGCUGCUCUCGGCCUUGAUACCGAAUGAACUGGAGAAGAGGAACAAGGAAUCGCCAUGUCUACUUGACCUUGACCUCUUCCACUAUCUGGUGACCUUGACCAUGACCCUGCCGACCCUGUAUGCAGAGCAGCUGAAGUCUAUCUCCACCCUGCCAACAGGGGGCCUCAACAACAAGCAUGCUCUGCAGCUGGUGCUGACAGCUCACAUCACUCAGCUGAUGCUCGCCUUCGAUGAGCCGCCACAAGAGCCAAUGGAAGUUGAAGGGGAGACCGAGGGACAGUCGCUGGUCCGAGUGUACAACAAGCUCCGAGAGUGUGCAGGCACGAAGACGGACCAGUCUCCAUCUCCCCACCAGCUGCUGCAGUACAUCCACCAUUCUGCUCUCCCCUUCCUCCGCUGUGCCGCCAUCCUCUACCACUACGUCACCGGCGUCAUCGCACCAGAGGAUCUCCAUAUUGAGGGGAAAAAGACCCAUGAGUUUGAGAUUCUGUGUCGGUACCUGGCUCUGCCUGUCUGCAUGUCGGAGCUGUUUGAGAAGCAAGGCGACAUCACAAGCACUCUAAUCCAGAGUUGGUGCUGCAGUCGGAAGCUGAAGGAGCGCCUGUCGGCCAGCAGCGUCCAGCUGGUCCACUACCCCCUGCAGGUCAACACGCUGGUGGUGCUCCCCCAGGACUUCAGCGAACUCAUCAACCAGGUGUCCACCUUCACGUGCCCCAAGUCGGACGGAGAUGACAGCCGUGCCCCGACAAUGUGCCUGGCCUGUGGACGGAUGUUGUGCUCACAGAGCUACUGUUGUCAGACUGAUCUAGAUGGGCUGUCAGUCGGCGCCGCCACAGAACAUGCAGCUAGGUGCGGCGCUGGAAUUGGCAUCUUCCUGCGGGUGCGGGACUGCCAGAUACUGCUGCUAGCAGGCAAAACCAAAGGCUGUUUCAUAGCACCCCCAUAUCUGGACAACUAUGGCGAGACUGAUCAAGGGCUCAGGCGCGGGAACCCUCUACGCCUGUGUGAGGAGAAGUACAGGGGCCUACAGAAACUCUGGUUCUCUCACGCCAUCCCGGAAACCAUCGCACACAACCUGGAGUUUAACAGCAACUUCACUGCCAUAGAGUGGCAGAAUCUCUGAGGAUUACUCAACUUAGUCUCAUUCUGUUAAAGUUAUUAUUGAAAGUUAUUGUCACGUUAUA